CAAAUUACAAUUAAGUACCCUAUUUCUUACGUAUGAUUUAAUAAUCCAUUCAGCGGAGGAUAGUCUUAUUGUUUUAUGAUUGGAUUAUUGUUACAUUUGCCAAGGUUUCGUAACAGUAAAGUAAGAGGGAACCCGCCGUCCUCGUCCCAGGUCAAAACUGUGUCAUAUAUCGAACAAUAACAAUUAAAUUAUCAUGGCGCAAAAAUUUGAGGAUAUAAAGGCAUCUUCUAACAAGUCAUUCUUGGACGAGGAACUGGAUUUUUACACGGAUUUGGCGCUAAAUGAAACCCAACGAUGGAUUGAAGGUGUAACAAGAAAGAAGUUCCGGCACCCAGAUGAUAUUCGAAGGACGUUGGAAGAUGGAAUGCUGUUAUGCGAGUUAUUGGAUACCCUGCAGCCUGGGUCAGUUGACAAGGCUGCUUACAACAGAUCUUCGCCAAAGGAUGGUGUGUGCACCUUUCUGGAAGUUUGUUCUAAACAAUUUGGAUUAUUAGAUUGGCAGCUGUUUCAGACCAGUGAUCUAGACGACCUCAACAAGAGGAAAGAUAUUGACAAGUCUGAGAUCGAAUUGGAGACGGAAAAAAGGCUAAGGAAUGUAGCAGUAACAGCAUAUUGGUUAGGAAAGUCAGUGGAGGAAUUUUAUAACGGUCCACAGUUAGAUUACACUGCGUUCACAGGAUUAGUGCGACAUCACCAAAAUCACAUCCUUUGUAGCAGUCCGAAAGAAAGGAACAAUGAGCAUAGAAACGGAUUAAACGAUUCGUUAAUAAGUGAUUUAAGUUUUACAGAAAGUGACGUAUUUGAAAGUGAAAAGUUAAAUUCUGCGGAUUAUUCCGGUGAUAUUCAAAAUUGUGAUUCUGAGGAUUAUUCUCGAAAUUUCGAAACUAUUCAAAAUAAUAUCAACAUGCCUGCGCGAUAUAAUGACCAGCGCCACCACAGCGCCGAGAGUUUUCGAAACUCUGGUACGUUCGAUCACUUGUGCAGUGACCGUGCCGAGGACUCAGACGGUAGUUUGCCGGGGCAUUUGAAUCCGUUGUCAUCACAUGAUAACAUCCAUCAUGCGCGGAGUGGGUCGACGGACAGUUUGGAUACGCCGAGCAUCGGUUCGCAUUCGCGGCAAUCAUCGGGUAGCAUCGAUUCUAUGAACACCGUCACAUCCUCUGCGUCCGGUACUACGCCUUAUCGUAAAACGAGCUCAACAGUUGCCCCAGCUAAUCCUUCCCACAAUCCUAUGCAGUUUGUUCAACAUGGCCGCUCAAAUUUGUCGAUGGAGGCAGCGGCGAAACAGCGCCAGCUUGACCAGGUGAAGGAGAUAAAAAAGAAACAACAACAUGAGGGUGAAGAUUGGCAAGAUAACUUAUCAUCCUGGAGAUCAAAACGAUUAACGAAGUCCUCUUCGUAUCACCGCUCUGGCUUGGAUGACGAUGAUGAUGAUGAGGGCACGGGGAGGCCGGUCAAAACGUACAAAGACAUUGUGGAAGAAAGGAAGGGGCGCCGUGCUAGUUUGUGCUUUUACCCAACUGAUGACGACGAACUAGAUUUUGAUUCAAUUCGAAACCAGCGUAGGGCGAGUCUUAGCCAUCAUCCUGGCUCUCAGACAGGUGACGGAUCGUCUCUACUCAGCCAGCAGCGGAAAGGCCGGAAAACAAGUUUGAACUUUUACCCAAUCGAAGAUGACGACUUUUCAAAACUGACACCGGCAAAAUCGGAAAGCAAAACCACGUCUGAUAUUACGGAAGAGGAAGAGACCAGAUCACCUGCAUAUGUGCCUCCCAAGCCUGGACAGCGUAAAACGUCUUUCAUUAGUGAGCCAAUCGGUGAGGAGGAAAUUGCACCGUGGGCAAUCGAGGAGCCCGAUUAUGGGCCAGACUUGCCCAUUGUAAAAGAUCUUAAAACACCACGUCGUUUUCACUUGGAAAACAUGCCGUUAACACACAUUGAACAGAUUGAUGAAAAUGGAACCAGUUCAGUAAAUGGUGAAAAAUCUCCCAAGUUGGAUAAAAAUUUCAAAUCAGAUCCCAAACAUUUGAAAAAAACACCGAAGGAUGAGCCUCCCAAAGAUAACAAAAAGCCUGAUAAUAAAAAGCCCGAUAAUAAAAAGCCUGAUAAUAAUAAGACUGAACCAGUGCAGUUCGGGAAAGGAAUGUUGAAACCGACGCCCAAGAAGGAUCCCGCUGGUAAAAUCCCUGGAAAAGAUCAGCUGAAGCCUGUGAAGAAGGAUAACAAACCUGCGUGGGCUACAAAGGACUUGAAAUCUGCCACAAAAGGACCGAAAUCUGAUUCUAAGGAUACUAAGAAUUCUAAGGAUAUCCAAGAAUCGAAGGAUUCUAAGGAUAUCAAGAAUUCCAAAGACACAAAACCCGAGGCGAAAGACUCUAAACCUAUCGAGAACAUUUCAAAUGGGAAGAAGAAAACGGAAGAAGCGCCAGCGGCCAGAAAGCCUGGGCGAAGAACGGCUCCUGCUGCUAUGCCUUCGCGUCGACAUGGAAUGAUGGCGCCACCACCGACAAAUCCACAUCUCCUUCUCGAUCAGCUGGAUAUUCCCGACAAACACAAACAGGAUUUCAGGAAACCGGAACCACCGUCGUCUUCGUCGGACGAGUCGUCGGAUAGUGAUUCCGAAGAAGCAAAAGAUAAAGUGAGCUCUCGGACUACGACAUUGUUCAAUUCAAGAAAUAAUGUAGGAGGUCGACGGAGAAAAAUAUCAGCACCAGUGCCACCUGUUGCUUCAGAACUAAAUGCUCCAAGGGAACGAAGGUCUUCGAUAGGCGAACGGCCCGACCCUUACUUUUUACACCCAAAUCGACAUUGGAAAGCAGACGAUAUUGAUGUAACGAUAACGCAAGAACCAAACAACCCAAAUGGCUUUGGUAUUUCAAUAAAGGGCGGCAAGGACCAGCUUUGCCCCAUCAUCGUUGAUAGAAUAGCCCCAGGGAGUGCAGCUUCUAUGUGUAAUGUGUGUGAAGGUGACGAGAUAGUCUAUGUGAAUGACACGUGUGCAGAAGACCAAUUCCGGGGCUCGGUCAUGCUGGUGAUUAACCAAGCGAAUAAGAAGGGUCACCUUGAAAUGAAACUCAGACGAUAUGAGAAUAAAAAAAAAACAAGAGUGAAAUUAUCCGAUCCGGGCUAUAAAAGAAAUUCACUGUCCUUUGAAGCAAAUCGAGCUCUUCCAGGUGUUGGCACCGGUGAAUACGCUCACGGUAUUCGACGGAAAAGUACCGGGUCAGAGCGGCUGACAGGAGGGAGACACCUGGUGGACAUCCCAAUAACUGAAUCGGAGGAACUGAAUGAACCUGUCACAACGCCACCUGUUGGUAUUGUUGCUCAACGAAGGGCGUCCCUGCAGUCGUCGGUCGCAAAGAAGCCAUUCGAGAUGAAAGAUAUUCCUCAGGAUGUGGAUGAUGACGAUGAUAUAUUCGAAGAACUUAUAAAACCGGAAGAAGCCGCGCCUGAACCAGAACGGGAACCAGAUAAACCAACUGAACCGGAAGCAAGAAAACCACUGCUGAGUAACCGGUUUAAGAAAAUGCCGAGUAUUGUGGAUGCGCAAGAGAAGCUGCGGAGGGAAAAAGCGUCGGUUGAUCUCGAUGAUUAUAAUUCGGAGGAUGAGCGAUUGGAGCAGGAGAUCAUGGACCGACUGGAGGCAGAGGCUGAGGAGGAGGAACGACAGACACAUGAGAUGGAGUCGAGGCAUAAUAGUAUCUUGGGCCGUGAAGACAAAAGUCGGCUCAAGCAGACGUCGCCCAUGAUUCAAACGAUGGAAAAGAAACGUGAAAAUAACUGUGAUGAACAAAAUAAUGUGCCAAAAUAUACAACAUCUAGUGCUAUGUCGGACAGUGACUCAACCAGUUUACCAGGAACUCCGCGGAAAAGCUCUGUGACUUUAAACAUGAACUUGAAACCAACGUUUUCAAAACAAGACAGUUUUGACUCUCCUCCGGCUCGAAAAGAUUCCUGGAAAGAUUAUCGGAGAGAGGAAAGCUCAGAAAGAUCAGAAAGAUCAGAUGAAAAACCUGUUUUUAAGAGCAGUGGUUCUUUUGAGUUAAAGCCAGCAGUGUCGGAUGGUUCAAAGUCUUCAUUUGUCGAGGAUAGUAUUGAUGGCGACAUAGUGAAACCGAGUGUGGAGCCGGUGUCUUAUUCUGAACCUCCCAAACUGACUUUAGAGGAGCCUCCCAAACCUGCCAUACCAUACAGCACAAAACCUGCUCCCGCUCCCAGUCCUAAGCUUCCGAAAGUCUCACCUAGAACAUCAUCUCCGCGGAGACCUCAUAAAAAUUACGCCUUCCUGGAGAAAUUUGCUUCGGAGGAUACAACUGAUUCAAAAACGGAGGAGUACAAGUCUCCGUCUUAUUUAGAUAAGUAUGUGAAGGAAAUCGACCAGGAGAAGGAAUUUGAUAAUUUGUUUAACUUUGACACCAAGGACGACGUGGAUUCAGGCCAAAAGACGUACUCGGUCUACGAUCGUUACAUGGAUCAUUCACCAAGGUCGGAUCUAUCGCUAACGUCAAAACCUAAACCUUACGGUGGCUAUGUCGAGACGACGAAACCUAAACCGUACACCGGGUUCACCUCGGAAGGUAGCCUGCCUUCUAGCACAACUUCCAGUACUGCUGACCUGAGUCAAAAAGAACCGCAGAACUCCCUCUAUCUUCCUAAACCUCGGCCAUUUGUACCUCAACAUGGAGGUUCUGGUUCCGGAAGUGAUAAGAACGAACAGGAUGUAAACAAAAUGGAUUACACUCGCCCGGGCGCCGAUGAUGACUCUGCAGAGAAGUUUGACCAAGACAAGAAGGUACCACCAUUAGAUAUGUCAUUUGGAAGUGGCAAAGACGAAGAAAAACUUUGGGAAAAGUUAGAAAAGCCGAAGCAGAAAAAAUUACCAUGGGAAAAGUCAGAGAUCCGUAAAUUCGGUAGUUUGGAUUCGCUCAAAAAGGAUAGCCCACGUAGCAGUAACAAUAACAGUAUCUUAGAAUCUGGCGCCGAGACGCCGCCAUGGCGGGCCCAGUCGCCUGCUCGCCAAGAACGUGAGCGGGAAGAGUCGACUGCCCGUUGGGCCGAAGCUGCAAGCCAUACAAAGCCUCAGUUUGAAUCUCCGAGUAAAUUAUUGGAUUCAGCGGAACAAUCUCGAUAUGACUCGUUCACUGAUCCCGCUCCAAUGUUCUACGAUCCGAAAAUUGGAAGUGUGAAAUCGUCCGCAGCCCCUAGGCGUGAUAGCGAUUCCUUGCCGUCGGAUUAUAGCAAUGGUGAUGUGAAUAAAAAGACCAACAGACAUUUCACAUCCAGUAAACUUGAGGAGGAGAAGAGGAAGAGGGAAGACUGGAGGCGGGAACAAGAACGCAAGAAUCAGGAAUUGUUUGCAAAAGGUCAGAGGUUACGAGAAGGCAACAGCCUCGAAGAAAUCAAUCCUCAGGAUAUUGAGAAGAACGACCACAUGCACCAAGCAAUCCGUAACACGGAGAUGCGGAAGCUACAGGACUUGAAGAACGGCAGCAUUCCAGAAUGGGCUAUAACUGAUAGGCCAGAGACUGAUGAGUUUGACUAUGAAAUGGAAGAGAAGGCCAGACAAGAAGCCGAAGAGUGGGAACGAUACCGGAAGGAUAAGGAACGUAAUCGACUCGAACGUGACGAGCAGGACAAGCAGAGACAGAAGGAUGAGGAGAGGCGACGCAUAGCUCAGGAGGCGCAGAAACGACAUUUAGAGGAAAAACAACGACAGCAGCAAAUGGAGGAAGAGCACAAACGAAAAAGGGCGCUGGAGCGAGAACGGCAGCAACAGCAAGAGGAGGCAGAUCGUAUCAAACGGGAACAAGAAAUGGCGGAAUGGCAGCGACAACAAGAGCUCGAGUUGGAACGAUUACAAGCAGACCGGGAACGAGAAAAUCGGCGCUGGAAAGAUCAGCCGAGACAGCGACCUGAUACGCUGCCAGUCCAACAACGACACAAGAUUCAGGUGUCGGCAGAGCCGAGAAAUUAUAGCCAACCGCCACAAGAGGAAGGUCGUAUGUAUGACCCGGCUUACUUGGAUGGGCAUAUGAUGUCCCCGGAUAGAUAUUACGGGCAGCCGCCAUCAAAUGGGCGGGGUCCCCGCACCCCAGAUUCUAGAGUACCAGAGAAAGGACACCCCCAGGAAAAGGUGGUGACCCCUAAGGGUGAAUUUUUGUCGGCCAGUCCGCUUAUUGGUAGACGGGAUGUGAGAAGUCCCAAGACGCAUAAAAAGGGUCCGAUCAGUGCUCAUCCGAUUACAAAGGAUGAUAUACGUGACAGGAGUAUCCCACAACCAAAGAGACGUGACGCCUCAAGUCCUCUGGUGCCUGCCAAGAAUCCCCUUGGUCAUAAUCAGGCUCAGUCUCCAGGGAGCCCGCAAUUCCUGCGUCGGGAUGACGUCAUGAACAUUAACCGGAAAUCUCUUGGUCGGUCAGGUGAUUAUACGCCAGAAGACUCACCAGUGGUUCAUACUGCACCGGAGUUACUGAGUAAGGAGAGAUUAAAGGAUGUAGGGGCUGCGCCGCGGGCUCAACCACGUGAGGACUGGAUCCAACCAAAACAUAAAAAAACUACAGGUGAACCUAAGGAUGUCAGCCGAGGUAACUGGCUGAUUGAAGAGGCUGAACGGCGUAGACAAGCUGAGAUGAAUGAGCGGGAGCUGCAUGGGUCACCCCGUGGUAGUCAACAGGGGCAACCAUACCAAGGUCAAGGUUAUUCACCGAGUCAAGGUCAUCCUAGAUUAAUGGACGAUCGUAUGGGUGGAAGUCCAUUUUAUCAGGCACCUGGCGACCGAUCACAGUCGAUGCCAAGAGAUUUAAACAAUUCACGAACAAUGCCUGAUAUGCGGCAGCCAGGGGACCCGCUACAAAAAUCACAACAGUCGAACAAUGCUGAUUACUAUGAACCUCAGUCAAUGACAAAAAGUCAGAGUUUUCCUCAGUUUGGGCAAGGUCCACCGCAAGAUUAUCACGAUGGUGGACACCCUGGGUAUCAAGCAAGAUAUCCACAACAUCACCCGGCACCGAGACAAGAACGGUCAGAUCAACCGAGUUAUGCUCCCUCUGCUCAGGCCCGACCUGCUGGGCCUGCCCCUGCCAAACCGCCUCGUGGGGCACCACUCCCUGGGGGAGCAAAUACUGCUGAGCCAGUGAUAUCAGUCAGUGGUAAACACAAAUGCUCUCAUUGUAUGAAAGAAUUAGGUCAAGGUGCUGCGAUGGUGAUUGAAUCCCUCCAACUUUACUACCACACGCAGUGUUUCCGCUGCUGCGUGUGCCACACGCGCCUGGGGACAGGACAAGCCGGUGCUGAUGUCAGGGUGCGCGGGAGCCGCUUACAUUGCCAAAACUGCUACAGUAACGACGAAGGUAUCUCUUUUAUGGGGACAUUCUGAGCUAUCGCCAGCAUCACUGUCUUCAUCACUAGGGUGUAAGUCUAUGUGUAAUGAACCCGGUAAGAUUACUGACAUUAUAGAUGUACAAAUGAUGUAGUUUGUUUGACCCUUUCAGGACUGCGGACCAGGGGGACUUGAUCAUAUCGUAGUCACGUUUUACUGAAUGCAAGACAAGGGUCAAAUUCUUGUUUAAUCUGUCACUGGGCAUAAUUUCCAUUGUAUUGAAGUCUUGAGAUGCACUGAUGGUUGUACUAACUUUUAUACCUUAUACACUCUUUUUUGAGAAGGUUAUCUGCAUGUCUUGUAAUUCAUCUAAAGAAUUCUUAAAAUAUGGGUACAGGCUGUUGAAAUGGUUUAGUACAUGUAGAUUAAAAAAACGCAUCUCCACAUGAAUAUCGAUAUUAUUUCAAAGUUGCAUGCCCAAUUGAAGGGUGAAAAUGGUGGGAAAGUGGUGGCCUUCUUUGUCAGUCCUAGAAGGGUAAGGCAAUUCAGUGCUUAUUUUGUGUAUUUUUUGACUUGGUUCGGGAUUCUGAUCUGGAUGGUCAGGUAACUUUAGAAAUGUACCAAUUAGCCACUUAUGGGACUUGGUGUUAUGGGAGUAGGUCCUCUGUGAUGCUGGUUAACAAUUAAAAACUUCACUGGGAAUGCUAAUAUACUCAUAGUUUAGCACGUAUUAAAUAAUAAUUUUGGUGGUGGCUAUUAAUUUUAGUGGUUGCUUUGUUCUGGUGAUAUUUUGUAUCUUUUAGCGCCAGAUUCUUUGGAAUGGGAUGCUUUUUGAGUAGGUUUAGUUCAAAUUGUUGCACAAGUUAAAACUUCAGAAUGGCUGGUGAUCAUUUUCAUUGAAUAAAACCAAAGCUUCAUGUCAUUAGCCUGCCCCACAGUCCUGAGAGGGUUUAUUUUCUAAAUUACUGGAUAUUCUCUGUGCUGGUGGUUUGAUGUCAAGUAAAAAAUCAAAUAUUUUUGUGAGAUUAUGACUUUGUCUGAAAUUGUUUGAAGUGAAGUGUUUGUAUUGUCAUGUUAUGGACUAUUGUGCUUUAAUGGCCUGCACUGUUAGUAAGAAAUUUAAAAUUUGUCAUACAGAAUAUAAAAAUUUCAACAAUGCCGUUGUGUAUUGACAGAUAAUACUAAUUUGUAUGGAUGAUAACUGCAUGCAUUUCUAAUUAUCUGAGCCACAUGUCAAUACGAACGGCGUACCCUUUUAAUAGAGGUCUUGCAACCUUAAGUGUUGUAUUGGGAAGAAGUAAAAAAAUUCACUCAUGUACAUGAUGUACAUGCAGUCUGUGGGUUGAUUGGUUGUUGGAUUUUCUGAUUGCCUCAAAAAAUCCCCGUCCAAUUUCAAAUUGAAAUGUAUUCUAUGCAUGUCCAGUGCAAAUAACUCGCAGAAAAUACUUAAAACUGGCAGCUGCUGAAGUAAAGAGCUCUUCAUCAUCUGUGCAAAGUCAUUAUAGGUCCUUGAGCUGAGCAUCAAGUUUCAGGCAUGAUUUUGAAAUCAUUUCGCCCAUUCUUUUUUAAUAUUGUAUGGUACACAUUGCAGCUGAUGACCUCAUACAAAUGGAACUUGUUUAUCUUCAUGCAUAUGUUGUGAUUGUUUGGAUUUUCAGGCAAAAUAACCUCAACAUUUUACAAGCAAUUUCUGUAAUGUUCGCCAAUUUUCUUAAUACCCUAAUCAUUUUCUUUUUCAGGGAUGAAGUACAGUCGUGUGUAGUCCUGCAUCCACAGUGUUUAGUCCAGCAUGAAAACGAGUAUAUAUAGUCCAGUAAAAAUGAAUAUAGUCCAGUAAUAAUUAAUACAAGACAAUUUGUGAAUACUAGAACCAUGACAGUUUAUUGAAGAGAUUGCUUUGACAAGUGAUUAGUUUCAGUGAGAUUCAAUAGUGGACAGAUUCAGAGACUCUGUGGUUAGAAACUCUGUCCUAAUUGCACAAGGACUAUCGUGGGAUAACUCGAAAGAUGAUAACAGUUUUAUAUGGCCUAAUUAAGGCUUAUUUUAUACGUGAUGCUCUCAUAUUCAAAAGUAAAUAACCACUUCUUAUUAUGUCUUCUUACUUGACAUUUCUCAUGAAUAGUAUUCAAGUUAUGUUUUUGCUUUAUGAAUGAAAAUGUGAAUACCAAAAUUUUGUAGUUUUGCCAUGCUAAUAUUUCGUAAAUUUGAGAUGUGAAGAGAAAUUUUUGCAUUCAAAAGCUUUUAAAUUUACGAAAUGCUGUUGGUUAUUUACUUUUGAAUUAGAUAGUAUGCUGCACAACAUGCAUAAACUAACAUUUGCAGCCUUUAUGUAUAAUGAAUGCCAAAAGUAGGAAAUUUUUGUAUGGGGCUCACUUUUAUUGAAAUCUGUAAAUAUAUGUAUUUGUGUAAAUAUGUUCAUAUUCAUUUUAACAACAGUUUACUAAAAACAGUAUGCAAAUGAUAUGUGUACAGGACCUGUAGUCUGAAGAUUUUGUAGACCAUAAAACAAUAGAUGGAUAUUCUAUUGUCAGGAGGCAACAAAUUUCAAUGGAUUUUAGAUCAUUUUGAGGGAGACCAUGUUGAUUCUCCAAGGGUUUUGACGCCUCUUGUUUAUUGUUUGAGUAUAUAUUGAAAGGGAGACUAUAGGCAGUAGCCAGGUAGGCAAGAUAAAGUUACCCAAAGUCGCCAGUAGGGGUCUCUCCUAUCUCACCGUACAUCAAAACCAUUCAGGCUUGCACGAGAAAGAACUGAACCAUACACAAACAAGUCCCCGAACUGUGCAUAUAAUUCACCUGAAGACCACCAAUUUGACCCCCUAACUCAUGCCUAUAGUCCCCCUUUAAUACAGUCACUUGCAUACUGUUUCUCUCUCACUGUUGAUAUUAUCUAAUAUAUGCAUCAAUACAUCUAGAUCAUGUUUAGCACAAGAAUGUAGUAGUACAGUUUUAGAUAUCAUUCAAUUCUGCUGCCAAUUGUUAUGUUCAUUCUAAAUCUUAUGAUCUAUCAUUAAAAGAAGAGUGUAUCGAGGUAUAAAUGCUGGGCCUGCACUAUGGAAUUCCUGUAUAGAGAAAUAAUCUUGAAUGCUCUAGAAAAUGUACGGGGCACUUUAGACUCGAGGAGUAAUGUAACACUCCCUUAGUCUAAAUCAUUUCAGCAACAUGGCAACAUCCAUAAUCACUGGUCCCAAAUAGUCAAGAAAUUCUUGUCACAACUUUUUGACUAGUGUGCAUGGUUGACUUAAUAAUUCUUUGUAAUGCACUUUUUACAAUGUACAAUUUUCAUCCUCUUUGAAUAAUCGAUGCAAACUUUAUUACAACGUUUAACAUCAAAAGCCACAUUUAUAAUAUUUACACAACAAGAAAUACCAAAACGUCAUCAUAAAAACUUUUGUUUAUGUUUAUACAUUUGACCAUUGUAUGUUAUGAUUUGAUACUUGAUUUGUACGCUUUUACUAUGAAAAGUCAGAAAUUAUUACAAGUAGCAAAUGACCCUCAUCUCUACAAGUCCCUGCAUGGCGUUUCAUUCUAAUUUCCGUUUAGCCGAAUUUGUCAAUCGAGGACAAAGUCACAACCAUAUGUUGGGAAUAGAUCACUUAAAGUAAUAAUCCUUGGCCGCCUGACAACUUACUAUUCUUAUGCAUCUAUUGGUAUUAUGUUUUAAAAUAAUAGGGUCUUGUUUUUCUCAUGUGAGUGAAACAUUGUAUCGUUGUAUAUGUUUGAAUACCAAAUACAUUGACAUUUUGGAA